GUUUAUUGACCUUGACGACUUUUGAGUAACCUUGGGGUUAGCAUUAUCUCAAAUUAUCAACCGGAUCAGGGGCGAAUGUGCUACCUUUUUUCACUGUUUAGUGGGUAUUCCGAGUGCCCUCUUUUAUUUAACACGUAUUCACAAUUCUGAUCAUACCUUCUCCGAAAUUGUAUUCAGUCAUGAAAAAAUAGCUUCAUGUCGCACAUUAUAUUUACUGAUAGCCCAUCACUUUCAAGUGCUUUAAUAUACUCUUGACUUCUUAAAUUAGUUAAAAGCAAUGGAUGAACCGCAAUUUUCUGUUUUGGAGGUAAUUAGAAAGCUUGGCAUAGUACCUAUCUACGGAUGGGAAGCUCGCUUUGAUCAUAAAUACAAAAUAAAAUGCCGUCCUUUUACCGUGCCACGGGCUUCGCAGAUGAGUGAUAUUCUGGGAAUGUCUUUUCGAUACGCUUUCCGGUUUUACAUAAAGAAGCGUUUUAUUCAGCACCGAUCGCCCUUUAUUGAUGCCGUUUCUCACGUACCAUGGAGACCCAUAUAUGGCGUACCGAUUGGAGGUAUUGGCAGUGGUUCUAUCGGGCGUGGAUAUUGUGGGGAGUUUUGUCGUUCAAGCCUGAUACCAGGUAUGUACUGUUACGACGUACAACCUGUUGAUCAAUUCAUCGUAACAGUCCGAAAAAGCGAUGUUACUGUUUAUCAUCAAGUUCUGUCACCAUUAACGAAACCUCCAUCAAAUGCCAAAAGAUUAAAAAAGUGGAAAUGGGGUUUUGAUCCAGAAAACGGGCAUUACGUUGGUUUAUAUCCUAGAUCGUGGACAGUUUAUGAAAUACCUGAACUUCAACUUGUAUUAGUUUGCCAACAGAUAUCCCCUGUUAUACCGCAUGACUAUCAGGCAACAUGUCUUCCGGUUGCUAUAUUUCAUUGGAAAGUUAUAAGCUGGAAUAAUGAAGAUUUAAGAGUUACUAUCACAUUUUCAUGGCAUGGCCCCAAUCCUCGUAAACGAUCUAAAUCAAGUGAUGUUUCCAAAUCUGAGAACGGGAAUAAUAGCAACGAAAAUACUGCAAAUACUCAUGUUUUCACUUCAGAAAAUGCUUCUCCAGUUUACUCUCAACGAUCCACAGCUUUUUCUGCUGGUGAUAAUGUACUGGGAUGCCUUUUAGAAAGAACUAUUGGAGGUGAACUACCUUGUUGUUUUGGUAUCGCAGCUAAAUCAAUGGACAAAGUCGAAGUGAGUCGGUGUCCAGGCUUUUGCUUUCACGAUAAGGCGUUGCAUGGUACCUUGCAUGAUUCCAGACAUAAUCCUGAAGUUAGUGGCAAUGGUCACUCAGAUCUGAUAACUUAUCUUUCCUACACUAAAGCGCCAUCUGCUUCACAAUUCUGGAAUAAUCUUCAGUAUGGUCAAAUACCUCCCGAUUUCCAUUCAAUUGGUUAUACCGUGCCACUGGAUUCUGAAGCCAAGAAAUCACCCAAACUAGCAAUUGCUGUAAGCGCCACAACUAAUGUACCCCGAUGCAACAUCGCUAAUAAUCUUAAUCCUAGUCAAAGCGAACUUGAAUUUGCCAUCACUUGGCAUUCUCCAAUAGUAAAAUUUCGAACAGGUGACGUUGUUUAUACUCGUCGAUAUGUUCGUUGGUUUCCUGUUGACGGAAUACCUGGAGCUAAGUUGCUACUAAAACAUGCAAUAGAUAAUUGGAGGCAAUGGGUCCAGAAAAUUGAGGAUUGGCAAAAUCCUGUUCUUAACAACCAAUCGCUUCCAAAUUGGUAUAAGUCUGCUUUAUUCAAUGAAUUAUAUUAUCUUAGUGAUGGUGGAACUGUAUGGCUAGAUCCAAUUCAAGUUGAUUGUUUUAAAUCAGAUCUGCUAAAUUGUAUACCACUAGACCUUGUACGAAGUUACAAAAAUGGUAUAGAUCUAGACCCGUAUAAGUUAACUGGUCGCAAAAUUAAAACUCCAACUACAGUAACUGAAGAUAUGAAAGUCGACUCUUGGGAUCAUCGUGCUAGAUUAUCACGUGAAAUAGGUUUAUUUGGAUAUCUUGAAGGUCAUGAAUAUCGAAUGUACAAUACAUAUGAUGUACAUCAUGAUGCAUCAUGGGCUUUAAUCAAAUUAUGGCCUAAAAUACAACUGGCUUUAAAUUAUGAUUGUGCCGAUUUGGCUAUCGCUGAAGACUCAACUUCAGUCUAUUACAUUUAUAAUGGGAAAAAGCUAUCCAGAAGUUCCGAGUGUGCGGUUGUUCAUGAUUUUGGUGAUCCGGAAGAUGAACCUUGGCGAUGCACUAACGCCUACAUAAUGUUUCCUACUGAUAAAUGGAAAGAUUUGAAUUCGAAAUUCAUCUUACAAGUUUGGCGCGAUUGGCGUAUUACACAAGACCAUCAAUAUUUAUUGUAUAUGCUUCCUAUCGUUUUGAGAAUUCUAAGGAAGUCUUUGGUAGCAUGGGAUUCUGAUGAUGACGGACUAAUUGAGAAUUCAGGCUUUCCUGAUCAAACAUAUGACGUAUGGACUGCAAAAGGCUUAACUGCUUACACUGGUGGCAUAUGGCUCUCUUGUCUAUAUGCUACAUUUGAUAUGCUCUCUUGGUGUUUAAAAAGUGAUUCACCUGUAUAUGAUCAAAUAGUUAAUAAUACAGAUGAUACUCAACGUUCUUGGAGUGAAGUUAAAGAUGAAAUUCAAGCAUUAUUCACUAAAGCACGUGAUUCAUACAAUGCCAAACUAUGGACAGGUUCGUAUUACGCUUUCCAAACACACUGUACUCGUAGACGUGAAGUUAUUAUGGCCGGUCAGUUAAGCGGAUAUUGGUUUUCCCGUAUCACUGGAGUUCCGCCGAACUUGAUUUUACCCAAAAAUCAUGUAGUGAAAACCCUACAGACAAUUUCGAAUUGCAAUUGGCAUGGUAUAGAAAAUGGUACUAUAGGUGCAAUUAACGGUUGUCGUCCAGUCUGUAAACCUGACCUUAGUAGUAUUCAGGCAGAAGAAUUCUGGGUCGGUGUGAACUAUUCACUUUCUGCUCUUAUGAUAGCCGAGGUAUGGACCGGCUUAAUAGUUAUUUCAAAAAUUUGUUUCCUCGUUAAUCUUUAGUAUGUUACGUUGCAUUGAUGAAUUCUCAUUACUUCUAAUUCACAUCAAAGUCAUGCGAAACCUUUGAUGUAUAAAUCACACUAUUUCCUACCUUGAUUAGUCAGUUGAGUAAGAUCUUUGUGUACGACACAAUUUUAUCAUUUGAUUCUUAAAGUUCAUUGACGUAUUGUUUGAAUAUAAUAGUCAAAAUUCAUAAUUGAAUCUACCUAGUGGACAUUCAGUUGUUUCAUAAUAUAGAGUAAGUUAACUUCUUUAUACAAAUCUAUCAUUAAGUGGAAAGACUGAUCCUUUUUAAUCUAGCUACUUAUCCACCUUCCUCUAUUUGAAUAUAUUUACGUGCAUGUUGUACUUUUUUUACAAUGAAUACUAUAGUAUUGAUGACAAAGAUAUUUUUCCGCUAGUUGACUUGCUAAUCUUUCGUCAGGAUAGUGUUUUAAAGUCGAUUUUUGAAAGUUAGUUUCGAAAAUUAAUGACAAGUAUGUCUUAUUACAGGAGCAUUCGCAAUUAUUGUAGUCUUUGUAUACAAUGAUAAUAAUUUUGUACUAUGACACUACGGGGGAUGUGUUUAUUUCAUAUGCUUGUAAGCAAUAUAAAAAAUUAACGUCUUCAGUAUUGUUGGUUAGACAAAUUCAAUUUUCCAGAUGCAUUUUAACCAAUUAAAUGUAUUAACCAUAUGCCUUUGGUGCUUAUCUACAUGUUAACAAUAUCCUACUCACCAUAUCGUAAUCUCUAUAAUAGGAUUUCAUGUAGUUGUAGAAUGCUAGCGAUAUAGUUAAAGAGCUUGAAUUUCAG